GGCCAGUAGGAAGGCUGGGACCCGGGGCAAGGCUGCAGCCACCAAGCAGGCUCAACGUGGCUCUUCCAAUGUCUUCUCAAUGUUCGAGCAAGCCCAGAUUCAGGAAUUCAAGGAAGCCUUCAGCUGCAUUGACCAGAACAGAGACGGAAUCAUCUGCAAGUCAGACCUGAAGGAAACCUAUUCCCAGCUCGGGAGGGUAAGUGUCCCAGAGGAGGAGCUGGAUGCCAUGCUGCAAGAGGGGAAGGGCCCCAUCAACUUCACCGUCUUCCUCACGCUCUUCGGGGAGAAACUCAAUGGGACCGACCCUGAGGAGGCCAUCCUGAGUGCUUUCCGAAUGUUUGACCCCAGCGGCCAGGGAGUUGUGAACAAGGAGGAGUUCAAGCAGCUUCUCAUGACCCAGGCAGACAAGUUCUCUCCUGCUGAGGUGGAGCAGCUGUUCGCCCUGACGCCCAUGGACCUGACAGGCAACAUCGACUACAAGUCUCUCUGCUACAUCAUCACCCACGGGGAUGAGAAAGAGGAGUAGAGACACGCGGGGGUCACCUCAAUAAACUCUGUGCCUGAACUAGAACUGAGGCGUUGGCUUGACUGUGACAGGCGGGAUGGAGGUGGACCAUGCAGGGCACCUCCCUACACCACCAAGUAAAAUAGCAACCACUGUUUUGCCCGUCACUGAACUCCAAGAGAGAAAACAGGGUACACACAACCUCCAUGAGGCCCAGGAAUGAGCCACAUGUGGGCAACCCAGCUCUUGAGGUCUGGGGAAAGACAAAAUAUCUUGCUGGACACUUUCUGCCCAACAUCCAGCGAGUGGAUGCAGCCCCAGGGACUUCCAACCACAUAGCCUUCCCUGUACACUCAGGUCUACUGCCCCGUUCUCCUUUUGAUAGGCUGCCUGUGUGGGCCCCUAUGGGAAAAGCACAGCCAGAACUAGAUGCUGGCUGAGGGGUGGAGGCCUUGCUUAACACGUUCCGUGUCCUGGAUUCCAUUCACAGCAAGCACCUCUCCCUUAGAGGGCAUCACGAUCAUAUGGGAAGCAUGGGAAGAGGAUGAGAUGAUGGGAUAUGAUGCUGGACACACAGCCGAUCACAGAUGCUAGAAAUGGGUCUCCUGCUUCAUGAGGCCCUCAUCGGGGUUUUGUUAAGGAGUCAUACAACUAUAUCCUAGGGAGAGGACUGCCCCUACAGAAUUGUUAGCCCCCCACCCCACCCAGACCCCCCUUCUCUGUCAGACAACAGAGGUUGCAGGAACAGGCAAAUUCCUCCACAAGUAUCUAGGGAGAGACAGAAAAACUAGUGAGUGCUGGGGCAAACCAGAGCAGCCAGCUCUCUGUGCCCGGCCUCCCUCCAAGCCUGCCACAGUGGCUGUAAACUUGGAGCUGGGAUGAGGUGAGAAAGA